AUGGAGCUAUUUUUAACCUGGAGUGGGACAUAUUUAUUGUUUCAGCUGAGGGGAAGUGAGGAACUGCCUCUGAGACACCUCUCGCAGCAACAUCAGCAGCUGUGCAAAGCCAUGGCACCCAAGAAAGCCAAGAAGAGGGUUGAAGGUGCUAAUUCCAAUGUCUUCUCCAUGUUCGAGCAGGCCCAGAUCCAGGAAUUCAAAGAGGCAUUCACCAUCAUGGAUCAGAACCGAGAUGGCUUCAUUGACAAGGCAGAUCUGAGAGACACAUUUGCUGCACUCGGGCGCCUGAACGUGAAAAACGAGGAGAUCGAUGAGAUGAUAAAGGAGGCACCUGGCCCAAUCAACUUCACUGUGUUCCUCACCAUGUUUGGGGAGAAACUCAAGGGUGCGGACCCAGAGGAGACAAUCCUGAAUGCAUUCAAGGUGUUUGAUCCAGAGGGGAAAGGCCUGAAAUCUGACUACAUCAAAGAAAUGCUGAUGACACAGGGCGAGAGGUUUUCCCAGGAAGAGAUCGAUCAGAUGUUCGCAGCCUUCCCUCCAGACUUGUCUGGCAACCUGGAUUACAAAAACCUUGUCCACGUCAUCACACAUGGCGAAGAGAAGGACUAG